AUGGUGAAGAAAUACCAGGCAGCACUCGGUCGAGCACUGCCGUAUUCUAUUCGCGGUCAUUUCUGGAUGGGAUUUUUCGAGGGACUUUCUUUCUUCCAAAUAUACGUUGUUAUUGGAGUUGCCCUCUGGUUUGGGUGUUAUGGAUUUUUCAACGGUUUGGUUGCUGAUCGUGGUGAUGUGCUUCUUUGUGUGGGCACAAUUUCGCUUACCGCCUACUACCUUGGAAUGCUUGGACCACACAUGAUGGCCUUGUUGAAAGCGAGGGUGGCAGCUACUGCCAUUUACGAAACCAUUGAUAGGGGCAUUUCGUGGGAAGCCCACAGCGGCGAAACGAUUGCGCUUGUUGGAGCAAGUGGUUCCGGCAAAAGCACUUCGGUCAGUCUACUGACUCGACUCUAUGAAGUCAGUGAUGGUAAAAUAACUAUCGAUGGAGUGCCUCUCUGUGACUACGAUGUGGAAUCGCUGAGAAAGCAGGAACCUUAUUUAUUCAAUGGCACUGUAAAAGAAAACAUAUCAAUGGGUCGCGACGGAAUCGACAACGAGAAAAUUAUACAAGCUGCCGACACCGCCAAUGUUACCGAAUUCGGUUUCGAUACCUACUUGGGCGCUGGUGGUGUGACGCUUUCCGGUGGUCAGAAGCAGCGAAUCGCCAUAGCCAGGGCCGUUGCUGCUGAUCCACGGAUUCUUUUCUUGGAUGAAGCAACCAGUGCUCUUGACGCAAACAGUGAAAAAGUCGUGCAGGCGGCCCUGAAUAAAGCGGCUAAAGGUCGAACAACUGUUAUUAUCGCGCAUCGUCUCAGCACUAUUCGCGAGGUGAAGAAAAUAUAUGUUAUGGAAAAGGGAAAGGUUAUUGAGAAAGGAUCUCACGAUGAGCUGAUGGAGAAAGGUGGAAUAUAUGCCAGGUUUCCCGUUGCGCCAAAAAGAUCCAGAGCAGGACCACUGCCUUCGGCGUAUGUCCCAGUAUCUGGCCUGCUGCCUCCUUCAAGUUUUGACAACGACGCCUCUGGAGGUCUUGGUAUUCUCUACCGUAACAUGAAGGGUUCACGAUUGCUUGCGGUUGUAUGUCUCUUUGUAGCUGCAACUCGAGCGCUGGAACUUCCCGGUCUUGGGCUGGCCUAUCUCUUUGCCUUCAAGUCGCUGCAG